AUGUUUAGCGUUGGGUGGACUCAAAACUAUUCCAGUAGUGUUGGCAUAACACUAAAACCCAAAAUCAUGACUUCAACAGAUGUUCAUGGAAAUAGAUCUGUAAUUACCGGCUUUGAAUCUCGUGAUGGCCGUGUUGGCUUCAGCGUUGAUCCAGGCAGCGUAAAAUUCGGCCGUUUUCGGGAUCCACGCGCCGUCCUUCGCAACCACCUUCGCAAUCGCGUUGAUGUGGAUCUCGACUCUGGCGCUUCACGGCGUCACCCCGUACCCUCCUCCACUGGAGGUCAGAUCACCGCUAAGGGCAUGACCUACGAUGAGAUCAAGAAUGGUCUAAGAGGAACUGGUCAACUCUUCGAGGACCCCGACUUCCCUGCUGAUGGCUCCUCUCUCUUCUACUCUAUGUCUGCUCCUCGUGGUAUCGAGUGGAAACGUCCACAGGAAAUCUGCAGUAACCCGAAAUUUAUCGUUGGUGGCGCAAGCCGUUUCGACGUGCGUCAGGGUGAAUUGGGUGACUGUUGGCUGCUGGCGGCCGUUGCCAACUUGUCGCUGUACGAGGAUCUCCUCCAGCAGGUCGUUCCAUUCGACCAGGCGUUCGACAGGGAUUAUUGUGGUGUCUUCCAUUUCAUAUUCUGGCGUUUCGGUGAAUGGGUCGAGGUGGUUGUGGAUGAUCGUCUACCCACUCGCAAUGGAAACCUCAUAUUUAUGCACUCUGUCGAUCGCGACGAGUUUUGGUCAGCUCUCCUCGAAAAGGCAUAUGCCAAACUGUUUGGUUCCUACGAGAGCCUGCGUGGUGGCAGUACAAUUGAGGCGUUGGAGGACUUCACGGGCGGUCUGGCCGAGUACUACGACCUCCGCGGCAAGCAACCGGCAGAUUUGUUCAAGAUCCUUACCAAAUCCUACGCACACCAGACUCUCAUGGCCUGUUCCAUUAGCCCUGAUCCCAACAUCAUGGAGGCCGAACAACCCAAUGGUCUCAUUCGUGGACACGCUUACUCCAUCACCAAAAUUGCUCAAGUAAACUCGAGUUCAGGACCGGUUCAACUGUUGCGUAUCCGCAACCCGUGGGGAAACGAGGCAGAGUGGAAGGGCCGUUGGAGUGACUCCUCCCCCGAGUGGCGCACUGUCUCCGAGAGUCAGCGCCGGGAACUCGGCCUCAGCAUCGAAGCCGACGGCGAGUUCUGGAUGUGCUACGAGGACUUUGUAAAGGAAUUCGAGAAGCUCGAAAUGUGUGCCCUUGGUCCACAGUCGUUGAGUAUGGAUGACAGCCGCAAGAAGGUGCCCUUUGAGAUGACCAUCAUACACGGUGGCUGGCAGCCUGGUGUCAACGCUGGUGGCUGUCGCAAUUUCCUGGAUACCUUCUGGACGAAUCCUCAGUACCGUGUGCAGGUCGAAGAUGCUGACGACGAUGAUGAUGAAAAUUUGGGAACCCUGAUUGUCGGUCUGAUGCAAAAGGAUCGCCGAAAGAUGCGCAAACAGGGCGCUGAAUUACUUACCAUUGGUUUCAUGAUCUAUGCGUUAAAAGAACCGCAUGAGGGUCCGUUGGACAUGAAUUUCUUCAAGUACAACUCCGCAGUGGCACGAUCUCCGGCUUUCAUCAACACCCGUGAGGUGACCGGUCGUUACCGUCUGCCACCUGGAACCUACGUCAUUGUGCCGUCUACAUUCGCCAAAAAUGAGCGUGCCGACUUCCUUCUGCGUAUCUUCUCGGAGAAAGCCAACCCUACUGAACAAAUGGACGAUUCUGUUGGAGUAGAAGAACCAGAGGGUAUGUUGAUGCCAGAGCCAAUCAGCGAGAGUCAAGUGGUGGCACUGAAGAAGGCCUUUGAGAAGGUCUGCGGCCCCGAUGGCGAGAUCACGGCGGACGAGCUAAUAGAUAUCCUUAAUGUUGCUUUCACCAAAGAGCUCAACGAAGGUCGAGAAGACAGCACCAAGGCACCGGCCCCAGCACCAGUCCCAGUUACAGUUCGGGCGACCUCCAGGGGCUUCAGUUUGCUGUGUUGUGGCCUUGGGCAAAAGUCCGAGAAGAACAGUGCGGAGAACGGCUCUUCUGGCGCCAAGGCUGGCCUCGAAGCCGGUGAUCAUGACUUUACUUUUGACGGUUUUAGUAUUGAGGCUUGCCGUUCUCUUAUCUCCAUGUUGGAUGUCGAUCGUUCAGGCAGCUUGGACUUUGAAGAAUUCAAAAUCCUCUGGGAAAUUUUGCGCUUCUGGAAGGCUGUCUUCAAGAAGUUCGAUGCUGAUAACAGUGGAACUAUGAGCACCUUUGAACUUCGAAAUGCGCUCAACUGUGCAGGUUAUCACAUUGAUAAUGCAACCCUUACAAGUGUUGUGCUGAGAUUCUCGAAUCGGGACCGAAUUCUACGAUUCAACGACUACGUCAUCUGCUGCGCGCGCCUGAGAACAGCAUUCGAGACCAUGCGGACCGGCGACUCCUUUGGAGGUGCCCAGCUUCUCAACAUCCUGCUCUACCUGUGA